UCUCCCCUGUUUGGUUCGAACUUCAAACCCCAGAGACCUGCUUAUUGUUAGCACUUAGCAGUUGGCACUAAACUCUAAAAUUCCUCGAGGGGUUGUAAAACUCACUCAAAUUUCCGAUGAAAGCUCCAAAACUUCCCGCCUGCAGGGCAUGGGGAUUCCUGUCCAUGGCUUUCUUUCUUCUUAUCUUCUUCAUCGACGGUGUUGUCGCUGGCUCCCAUCGAAAUGGCAGUCUCGAGUGGCAGAUUCUCACCAAGAGAAACUUUUCGUCGCAAAUUCGACUUCAUCCGAACGUAUUGCUCUUCGUUUCGGUUCCUUGGUCUGGUGAAGCUCGAUCUCUUAUGAAGGAAAUAGCAUAUUUGGCUAAUAGGGAAGAGAGAGUUGGUCCUUUAAAGCUAAUGGUUAUACAUAGAAAUACUGAGAAGAUGCUAGCAGAUGUCCUUGGGGCUACUGGGCAAAUAACAAUACUCUGCUAUCACCAUUCUGUGUCAUAUAAAUAUCAAGGGAGACUCCGGGCACAGAAUAUAUUGUCUUCAGUUUAUCAUCUUAUGUCUCAUCAACCUGAAGAUCUCCCCAUCCAAACCCUAGACACUGCUGAAGACCUUGAAGAAUUUUUCAGCUCAACGGACAAGGCUGUACUUCUCCUAGAAUUUUGUGGAUGGGGCACCAAAUUAUUACGCAAAGGAACUAAUGGCAGUGAAAAUGCUUUCGUAGUACAAGAUGUGCCAGAUGAUGGUGUUGUCUUUGGAUCAAUUUUUGAUGGGGAAACAAAUGCAGCACUUCUAUCCAGUGGGAGGAAAUAUCAGAAGCAGGGGUUGGAAAAUGAAAAGCUAACUUGUGAGGCUGAAAAUGGGCUUGGUGGUAUCCCUUGGCUAGGAGGGUUUACAUUGGCAAAUGACACUACUCCACUAGAGUAUGAUGUUGGGCUUUGCUGUACAUUUGAAGAGUUUCGGCGAUUUCAAAAUUUCUUGUCAAAUUUCACCACAGUUGCAAGGGAAUUUUUCCUGCCUCCAGAAAGGCAAAGGUUUGGGAUGGUUUCUGAAAGAUCUUUGCUGUCAUUUCUUGGUAUUGGAAAUUCAGAUCCAUGGCUGGUAAUGAUUCACUUCUCAGGAUGCCCCAACUGUUCCAAAAUUAUCAAACAAGGAGAGGACCUCAGAAGUGCUUUGCGGAUGCAUCAUCCCCUUGUUAUAGAGCUUGAAGGUGAAGGCCACAAUCUUGAGCCUGCUCUACCCGCAAAUAGGCUAUCGGUGAUUCUUUUUGUGGAUAGAUCAUCAGAAUCAGUAAACACUAGAAGAGAAAGUGUGGAGGCUAUUAAUGCCCUUAGAGAACUCAUGUUGCGCAAUCAAUUUACGAAUUGUAUGGACGGAGAAAACAAUGUUAAUCCUUUGAAAUCCUCAGCCCAAGCUUCUCAAUAUGCUCCGGCUACUAAAAUUGUCAAGCUCAAGGACAAUAUGGCUGCUAUGGUUAUCAAGGAGGGUCACAGUGUAGCUUUAAAUAAUAUAGUUGCAGACGAGCAGAUUAAGUCUAUUAAUGAUGUCCUUGCAUAUCUGCUUCAGAAGAAGGAAGCGAAGUUAAGUUCUCUUGCCAAGGAGGUAGGUUUCCAACUUCUGUCUGAUGAUAUUGAGGUCAAAGUUGCAGGUCUGUUGCCAUCACAGACUGAAACAAGUCAAUCUUACCAAAUUGCAUCAGAACAACCUAGGCGGGAGAUUAUUAGAAGUAGUGUGAACAUGGAUACUGAAUUACUGAAUGCUGCAGUUACAACUGCUGUAGAGAACAAGCAACAAGAUGUAAUUGCUGAUGUCAAACCUUCUCAUCCAUACAAUGAAGAGAUGUUCGGCACUGAAGAAGCUAUUCCUUCAAAAUAUGACCAAAUUAUCAGAGAUGAUGAACAGAGCAUUGCAAAUGAUAGCCAGACUGAGGAUAAAAGUUCCAUGGGGAUAGAGAAGUUGGGGAAGAAUGUAGUUCAUCAUCAAGAUUUGAAGGUAUGCUUUUUCUUUUCUGAUGGUGGUUACCAGUUGCUUAGAAGCCUGACUGCAGGAUCAAAGAUUCCUUCAAUGGUAGUAAUGGAUCCCAUUUCACAGCAACAUUAUGUUAUUCCUGAUGAGACAGCUUUUAGCUAUUAUUCUCUAGUUGAUUUUCUUUAUGGGUUUCUUAAUGGAAGUGUUCCUCCAUAUCAACAUUCAGAAUCUUUGGACAAAGUUGAAAGAGAGGCCACACAUCCACCUUUUGUAAAUCUGGUGUUCCAUGAGGUGGACGCAAUCCCUCGAGUUACUGCUGAUACGUUUCCUGAGAUGGUUUUAGGUUCUAACCUGUCUGACACUGAAAAUGUUCAUCAUGCUUGGGAGAAGGAUGUUUUAGUACUUUUCAGCAAUAGUUGGUGUGGGUUUUGCCAGAGAAUGGAACUGGUUGUUCGUGAAGUAUACCGAUCCCUCAAGGGCUACAUGAACAUGUUGAAGAGUGGAUCCAUGAGAAGACAUUGUGUGUUUAUCAAUGAUAACGUGAAACAUGUGGAUGAGCUUCCACUGAUUUACUUAAUGGACUGCACAUUGAAUGACUGUGGUUCACUUCUAAAAUCAUUUGGUCAGUUUCAUGUGUGUCGAAAUAAGCAGAGGGAGAUUUAUCCAGCAUUGAUGUUAUUUCCAGCAGGCGUAAAGAAUGCUGUUCCCUAUCAAGGGGAUACGACAGUAACCAAUAUCAUCAAGUUUAUAGCAGAACAUGGAAGUCAUUCUCAUAAUAUCAGUAAUAGGAUCCUUUGGACUGGAGCAGAAAAUGGUGGCAGGAAGAUGGACCCCUCAAAAAAUUCUCCAACCCCAACUCAUGCAAUGACUCCUGUUUCAAAGGCUGAAUAUCAUGAGGUCCUCUUAAAUGACAGGAUAGCAGGUGAAAUAUCCAAUGGAAACAAAAUGGGAUUGGAGCCAUUGCAUGACUUACAUGAAACAAUUCCUCAUGUAGUUGUUGGCUCUAUCCUUGCUGCUACAGACAAGCUUCUAAAUGCACCCCCAUUUGAUAAAUCCUUGAUUCUCAUUGUGAAGGUGGAUCGUGAAAUAGGUUUUCAAGGUCUGAUUAUCAACAAACACAUCAAGUGGGACACUUUUCAGGAAUUAGAUAAAGGGUUAGAAUUGCUAAAGAAGGCUCCUCUAUCAUUUGGAGGCCCACUGAUGAUGAAAGGGAUGCCUCUUGUUAGUCUGGCCCAAAAAGUUACAAAUUCAGAGUACCCAGAAGUUCGCCCAAGUGUUUAUUUUCUUGAUCAGUUGGCUACAGUUCAAGAAAUUGAACAUUUGAAAUUGGGAAACCAAUCCAUCAGUGACUACUGGUUUUUCUUAGGUUAUUCAAGUUGGGGAUGGGAGCAACUUUUCAAUGAGAUUGCUCAAGGAGCUUGGCAUAUCGGUGAUGACAAUUAUAGAGAACAGUUGGAUUGGCCAAAAGUUGACAAUUAAGGUCGUUAUCCAUUGACCAUCCAAGCCAUCUGCAGUAUAUAGCAUUCACUGUGAUGGAGCUUUUGGUUUCCAUAGACGGGAAUGUUACAAUAGCACUGGAAUGCUAAAGAAGGAUAAGGUCAAACAGGUUGGUAUUCAUUACUGAUUUGGAAUUUCUUGCAGGAUUUUACUUUAACCCACACAAUUGUACAGUUAACUUAAAUGUUCUAUUAGUUCUUUGUAUUUGUAUCAGAAAACAAGCCUUUUGAGCUCCAGUUUACUUGUCAUUUACAUCAUAAAGAAUAUAUAUGGGCUGACAAAUCUAAUUAAUCCCUUUAAAGAAAUAAGAAAUCAUGCGUUACCACA